GUAUCGUAUCCCCCGUAAAGGACAGGAAGGACAGGGACAGUGCAUCCUGUGCAGCGCUCCCGAAGAUACAUUUUGAGAUAGAGAAAGGUUUUUUCUCUCUGGAAUUCAUACGUCAUUUGGCUUUCAUGUGGCCGCCUGAUUUAGGCGAUUGAUAGAAGAAAGCAAUCCAGGAACUGGAGGAUUGGCCAUUGGAUUGGACUCACGAUGGCAUCAUCGAGAUCUGCGAAUGGGAGUGGAACUAGAACUAGAGCUGGUUCCAGCCGUUGGCUAAUCAACUUCCUGCUGGCAGUGGCCGCCCUGCAUCUGGGUGAGGGAGGUGGAGGUGGAGCCCAUGCCCUGCCCAUCACAUCGCGUCCCAUCGAGGGCAAUGCCCAGCGGAUGGCCUGGGACGAGUGGCUGAGCCUGCCGCUGGAGCAGAAGAGCCUCGAGAAGGAGAAGAAGGUGACGGCCAAGUCGAUAUUCACGCUCCCCUUCCGUCACUGUCCCCCGGGGCAUACGCUGUACAACGAGCACUGCAUACCGCAGAUCAACAUCGAUCCCGCCGAUCUGCUCAAGCAGGAGCUGAUCUACGCGAAUGCGGGGGCGCCCGGCUCUGGCAGUCCCACGGCCAUCAUCACGGACUACGACUACAGCGAGGAUGGCAGCGAGGAGGUGUCCGGCGAUGAGCUCCUCUACGACCUGGAGCCACAGUCACAGCAAACGACUGUAGAGGGCGAGGACCAGGCCCUGCCCAGUGCGGAUGCCCCAUUGAAGUUUAAUAUAUUCGAAAAGAAGUUUCCCACGGGCCCAGCCACCGGCGGGGAGUCCUCACCAGAAGAGUCGCCCGAGGAGGAGACAGCCAGGCAGCCGCCAAUAGAUGUGGUCACAUCCACCACCACCACCACGCCAAAACCCACAGCCACAGCGACUCCGAAUCCCAGUCCGAAUCCAAAACCAACUCCCAGCAAUCGCAUUCCUGGAGGAGGAGCAGCAGGAGGAGAUCUCCAGGCUGCCUCCAGCAAUGCCUUAUCCACGACAUCCUCCACCAGCAGCAACAUUGACAUUGGCAACAUUGCGGCCAUUGUGGUGCCCGCGGGGGGUCAGAUGGUGCCCCAAGAUGCCUCCUCAUCAUCCGUCCUUCUGAUGACAAGUUCCCUGACGACUGCCGAUUCGAAUGCGGAUGCAAAUGAGAGUGAAAAAACGAAUGCGAAUGCGAACGGCAAUGGAAUGGGCAAUUUUAAGGUGAAUGGCAAUGCGGAGGCGGAGGCGGAUCUGGCUCAGCUGCUCAAGGUCGAUGCAUUUCUGCCUGCCUAUGAGGGCAGCAGCAUCGAGCUGUUGCCGCCGCCACCGCCCUUCAAUCAUCGCCGUGUGGCGCCGCCGCUAAGCGCCGAUCAAGAUGAUUCAGAUGCAAAGCAGGAGAUGCUUAUGGAUAUGGAUAUGGAGGAGGAAACCACCACAGAUAUUGUGGAUGUAGACACUACUGACACAACGGAGACAACCACCACCACCACCACAACUGUUGUAGAGGCGGAGACAACAAUGGAGGAGUCAUCGUCACCGUCAUCAUCGUCUCCAGCAUCUCCAUCUACAGCACAGCAUCCGCAAGCGCAUCAGAAAGAAGAACCAGAGAUAGAUGAAGGUGGAAAUCGGCUGCUUUUGACAAAAUCGAAAGUGCAACCGGUUCAGGUGACAGCAGCAGCGACAUCUACAACAUCCACACAAUCCACGAGCACGACCACGACAAUUGCAGCUGAAACCCAAGAAGCUGCCUCGACCGAAGACGACCGGUUUCAUUAUCAGCAGAUCCCCAAAGAUGUGGCUGCCACAGAGAUCCCCACCACCACUAGCACCACCAGCAGCAGCAGGAGCAACAUCUUCAAUGGAGAGCACCCUUUGCUGGUGGAGGAGGCGGAGGAGGAGAGUGACAAUUUAAUGACAAAUACCAUUGGUGGUGAGAUUAAUGUUGAUGAGGAGCUGCGGAAAAUAAACGAGCUGGUAAAGGGCACGCGGCGAUUUUUGCAACAGCAGCAGCAAGCAUCCAGCAGCAGCAGCACUGCGUCAUCAUCAACGACUUAUGCCACAGAAAGUUCUACAAGUUGGUCAAAGCUCAUGCCACAAACAACAUCUGAAACAUCAACAGAGACAACUGCAACUGCAACAACAGCUGCAACAGAGAGCACUACUAGCAAUGUUGCAGAAAGCACCAACACAGCAGCAACAUCUACAGCAGCAGCAGCAGCAUCAACAACAGCAGCAACAUCUACAACAGCAGCAACAUCAACAACAGCAGCAACAUCACAUUUAAGUAUUAAUACAAAUCGUAGCAAUAGAAAUAGUAAAAUAAUUAGAGUAGCGCAAGGGGAAGAUUAUCUUGUGGCAGAUGAAACAACGACAGUGGCAACACCAGCAGCAACAUCCACAGAAGCAACAGCAACACAGGCAGCAACACCCAACAGCAGCAGCAGCAGCAGUAAGGAUGAUGAUGAAUAUACACCAUUCUGGUGGCUGCCGAAUAUUGGUUGGCGCGUCGAUCGUCAGGUCGACAGGAAUGGCGAGGAUCGGGCGCUGUUGUUGCGCUUCUUUAGCACAUUUCGAGCGGGCGAUGGAGCGAUGGCCUCCACGCUGUCACCGCGACGCUAACAGCUAGCAUCAGCAGUUGAGAGUUGAGGUAGAAGAGAGAGAACUGUGCUCCCUGUGGCUCUUGUAACUAGCAAGAGAGUCGCCUGGAGAAGCAGUGUUGAUCAGCGCCGAGCAGUGUUGAGCAGCGUAGGGUGUAGUGUCGUGUGUCAGCAACAGCGUUUUCAAUUUGUGUUGAAGUCUGUCCCCAGUUGUUCGUUCACCCUUACACCAAAACCAAUCCACGGAUCCCCUUUGGAUCCUCCACUUCCCUUGUAUUUUCUGUAUCCCAGCCCAUCCUUUUAUUUUUUUAGUCUUUUAUUAAUGCCAAAAUUGCCCCAGACCCCUGAAUUUGUAAAUAGCAACAACUACACUUGUUUCAUUAUUAUGAUCCCUUUUCAAUUGGCAUUGUUUUUUCUUUAAAGAUUUAAUUUCCCCCUCCAAAUAGUAUAUGUAUAUCUCUUUUUUUUUGUGUUACAAUAUUUAAAAGUGCUGCAUGUUUUAAGUUGUUGAUUUAAUUUUAGUCAGAGGUGUUUUUUUUUUUAUUACAAUAGUUUUAUAUGGCACUGCCGCUGCUGCCGC